GUCAGAGUAAUCUUCAAUCCUUCUUUUCCCUCUUUCUGCCACCUCGUCGCAGGCCAACCCUUUGCGUACUUUCAAUCGUCGGCAAACCCCAACACCACCCACCGCUGGCGAUGGCCUCCGCUGCCCCGCCCACUGCAUCCCCUUUCUCAGCCGCCGCGGAAGGCGGCAGCCCGACCCUCUCUCCACCGUACGUCCUCCGAGAAACCCUAACCGGCCACAAGCGCGCCGUCUCAGCCGUGAGGUUCUCCCCCGACGGCGCCCUCCUCGCCUCGGCCUCCGCUGACAAGACCCUUCGCAUCUGGUCCGCCGCUGACCUCUCCCUGCGCACGGAGCUUUCCGGCCAUGCCGCUGGCGUCUCCGACCUCUCUUUCUCCGCCGACGGCCGCUUCCUCUGCUCCGCCUCCGACGACCGCACCCUCCGCCUCUGGGACCUCGCCACCGACGGCGGGGCCGCCCCCCUCAAGACCCUCACCGGCCACAGCAACUACGUAGUCUGCUGCGCCUUCAACCCCCAGUCCAACAUCAUCGCCUCCGGUGGCUUCGACGAGACUGUCCGCCUCUGGGAUGUCAAGUCCAACAAGUGUCUCCGAGUCAUCCCCGCCCACUCCGACCCCGUCACCGCCGUCGACUUCAAUCGCGACGGCUCUUUGAUCGUUUCGAGCAGCUACGAUGGGCUUUGCCGGAUUUGGGAUGCUUCGACGGGACGUUGUAUGAAGACAUUGAUUGAUGACGAGAGUCCGCCGGUGUCGUUCGUGAAAUUCUCCCCCAACGGGAAGUUUGUGCUCGCUGCUACUCUCGACAACACCUUGAGGCUAUGGAACUUCUCGACGGGUAAAUUUUUGAAGACAUAUACUGGGCAUGCCAAUCUGAGAUAUUGCAUUUCUGCCUCAUUUUCCAUAACAAAUGGGAAAUACACUGUUAGUGGUUCAGAGGAUAACUGUGUUUACUUGUGGGAGCUUCAAACCAGGAAGGUGGUUCAGAAACUGGAAGGUCACACGGAUACUGUUAUUGCUGUUUCUUGUCACCCCUUAGAGAACAUGAUUGCGUCAGGUGCGCUUGAAAAGGAUAAGACUGUGAAGAUAUGGGUUCAGAAGGGUGAAGAUCAAAUGGAAGCCUGACCGCAGACAUUGAUAAUUCUUUCUUAAUGUUGUAACUUUUUGGUCUGUAUUAAUCAAGAGCUUUCUUUAAUCAUUGUUAUUUUCUUUGAGUGAUCUUGUCCUGGCCUCAUUUUUGUGACAUUCAAGUAGGAGAUCCUUGCUUAAUUUUUCGUUUUUGAGGUAUUGUAGGUGUUUAUUUUUCUUAAACCCCUGUUCAAAAAGAGUAGCUGAACAAAGCCUGCCAAUCUCCUUAUGCUU